AUGGAGAUGGAGGGGAUGGAAUCGAAGGGGGACCCAGUCAAAGCAGAAGGCGAGGCCGUGAAGAUCAUAGAGUGGAUGCGACGGUCCUGCCCGGACAUGGCGCCGAUUGCCCCGCUGCUCAAGGAGCUCAUGUUCACCGGAUUUUCAGAAACUAGGACGACGGCCGCGUUUCCUCCAGACGUUCGUCACCGCAAUCUCGAGCGGCUGGUUGUGGAGGUGGUGGCGAGAGCGGGACUGAGGCUAAUGAUCAUCAUCUCUGCCCGACCCUUCGAGGAGUACUUCGAGACGGUUCCACACGAUUUCACCACGUUUCGGGAGAUCGGCACGACGAUAGAGAUGUCCCCGCUGUCCCCCUCGGAUUGCCUCGUGCUGGCGCGCCACGUCAUCGGGGAGGCCGUGAUCGAUGCCCACCCGGAGGCCGACCUGUUGCCCGAGGGGUCGGACAUGGUCCUUCACGAGAAAAGCGGGGGAGGGAACCCCCUGUUCGUGCGCAACAUAGCAAUAGUGAGCCCAGACAUGGGCCACCGUGAAAGUCACGCCUCCCGUUUGAACGUUGCACGGAGUGAUUGUGGCCAAAGCUUUUUUCAUGCGCUAAUUGUGAGCCGCUUCGAUGCGCUCGAGCCGCCGGAGCAGACUGUUCUAAAGGCCGGCACAGUAAUCGGGGCAACGUUCAGCAAGGACCUGCUGCUGCACAUGCUACCGAGCAACAGCCGGUACAGGACCGAGAACUUGCACAAAGCCCUCCUUAAGCUGAUCGAGGCCAACUUCAUCUCGAGGUCGGUGGUCGGACGGACGGAGCACUUCAGCUUCGUACACACCUCGGUACAAGAGACGGUGUACACCAUGAUGCUCACGGACCAGAAGGAGAGUCUGCACGAGGUGUGUGCGCAGUGGCACGAGAAGCACAACAAGGGGAACGCCAACUACCAGAGCGUCAUCAUGCACCACUGGAUGAGAUCCAGCAACACCCCCAAGAAGGUGGGGAGGCUUUUUCGUGAUGGUGCUGUGGAGUGCCACUUAAUGGCGGCGAAUAAAGCGCAUGAGGUCUCCGAGCAUGAGGUGGUUAUUCAACACAUGCUGGCGCUGCUGGCCAUUGCGUUUGGGAAGGACAUGGCGACAGCCACAGUCAUCUCCCUCGAGCCGUUUCUGGAGGCCACCCAACCGUCCCUCAACAAGCAAGACACAGCGGCCUCAAAACUACCGCCGCCACCUCCGCGACCAGCUGCCGCCGCUGGGUCCGUUCCCAAAAGUGACCCUGCCGGCAGCGAUCGAGACACCGUCGAGCAGCGUCAAAAAACAGACGUGACGAUUCACAGGAAAAGUAGCGGUCAAGAUGACCAAGCAGGUUGGUACAAUGACACCAACUGUCGCCGGAAUGACGAAAUACACUCACCUAACAAAAAGAUGAAAACGAAACCAUUUUUCAGCGUUGGUGCUUUCGUGUCAUCUCUUCCGGGCAAACGACAUUUUUGCUGCAGCCCAUGGGAAACGUACGCACCACGCAGCGGCCUCUCUGCAGACCAACCGCGCAGGCCACACCGUGCAUAUCCUCAACAGGCGAUCGCCAAGAAUUCUUGA